GUUUUCAACCUGACCACGUACCCGCAUCUCGUCGGGCUGUUCAACGAGCUCGGGAUCGACUCGGACGCGUCGGACAUGUCCUUCUCGCUGUCCACGGACACCGUGGAGUGGGGCUCUCGAGGAUUAGGCGCGUUCUAUACACUGAAGAAAAACGCGUUAUCCGCCGACUUCCUCCUGAUGAUACGAGAGAUCGUCCGGUUCGGGAAAGAAGCCCCGGAAGUUCUGAGAGAGUCCCCAAACUCGCGACACGCGGAAUUCGGCUGGAUGACGCUCGGGCAGUACCUCGCGCGAAGGGGCUACUCGCGGUUCUUCACGGAGAAUUACGUCGUGCCCAUGUGCGCGGCGAUAUGGUCGUGCUCCGACCGCGACACUCUGGACUUCCCCGUCGUGACGCUCGUGCGGUUCUGGGUGAACCACCACCUCCUGAACCUCGUCGAGCGGCCGCUGUGGCGCGUCGUGAGAGGGCGCAGCGAGGCGUACGUCGACGCGAUCGUUCGCGCGAUCACGAGGGAGGAUUUCGACGGGAAUCGCCGCGGCGUCGUCGAGCUCGACGCGCGCGUGGUCGCGGUGAAGCGAAAGCCGGGGGAGAUCACGAAGUGCGAGUACGACGACGUCAUCUUCGCGUGCCACAGCGACCAGGCGCUCGCCAUCUUGGGCGAGGAAGCGAAGGACGCCGAACGCGCCGCGCUGGACGCGAUUAAGGCGCGACUUUUCCCGUUUCAAAAAAACGACGUGUGGCUCCAUCGCGACGCGACGCUCAUGCCGCGCAAUAAGAAGGCGUGGGCGUCGUGGAACUGCCUGAAAGGCUCCUCGCGCGGCGCGAGCGGCGAAGACGCCAGCGUGUGCGUGACGUACUGGGUGAACCUGCUGCAGAACUUGCCGGAGCGCGAACCCGAUUUGUUCGUCACGCUCAACCCGCCGCGACCGCCGGCGACGGGGACGACGCAGCACCGCGUGACGUUGAGCCACCCGCUCUUCAACGCGCGCGCGAUCGACGCGCAGACCGCGAUCAACGACAAGUUCCAGGGCGACGGAGGCGUGUGGUUCGCGGGCGCGUGGCUCGGGUACGGCUUCCACGAGGACGGGAUCAAGUCCGCGGUG